UAAUGAUGUUUUUGUUUCGAAAAUAUAAAAAAUUAAUGAUUUUCUUAAUCUAUGUGCAUAGCUGUAAAACGAUUUAUAUUAAAAAACGGAGGGAGUAUUUGUCAAUUGAAAAAGAAAAAAAUAAACCCCCGUUUUAAAAGCGCGGGUCAAAAUCUAGUUUACCAUUAUUCUUUAACCAAACAUACCAUUAUUUUUCAACCAUAUUAUUCUAAUCGAUUCUUACAAUAAAAUUAAAUAGAUUUAUUUAAAAUGUGACAUGCAAACUUUAAACAUUAAAUAUAGAGAAGUUGAAAAGUUUAAGCAGAUAUUCAUACCUUAGAAAUAACUAAAAAAAAAUUUAAAAUAUAACAUAAAAUAUACAAUAGUUUCCUAGAGCAACUUUGGAACACCAGCAACAGGGUAUUAUGGUUGAAUCUCUAAAAGUGUAAAAUUUUAUUUUUUAAUUAUAUAAUUGUAUUUAUUUAUUCUUUUAAAUUGGUAGAACACUUGCAAGAUUGACAUAUAGAGAAGAGUCUCUCGUAGAGAGACUUGAUUCUGUUUAUGAGAAACCAAUUCUUUCUUUUGUAUUUAUUUUCUAUUUAUUCAUUUAUUUUAAAAUCAUGAGAAACUCAUAAAUUCAACACUAUGCAUGCUUUUAUUGUUUGUAUCUCAAAACAUGUAUCUAAGUAAUUUAAUACAAUUACUCUAAUACAUUUUGUUUGUAUAAUUAAAUUUUAAAAUGUCUAAACGAAUUAAAUCAAUAUGGGUGGACAACAAAUAGACAUGUAUCAAAGGUUCUAAUUAGUUUCUUAUAAUUUUGAGAACCCAAACUCAUACUAUCUCAUAUUGUUUCAAUUUUUGUAUUUAUUAAAAUAGUGAGAUACUCAUUCAGAUACUUCCAUUAAACAAAAUAUAUUAAAUAACCACAAAAAUUCUUACACAACAUGUUAGCUUUUGAGUGGUUUGAUUUUUUUUUUUUAAUGUAACACAUGAUAAAUAUAUAUAAAAUGAAUAUAGGGUUCAAUAACAGAAAUAAGUUUUCAGUACACAAUAUUUUUUUGGAAAUUUUUCUCGAAAACUUACACUUCUUUCAAUCUUUCUUAUCAUGAGAAUUGAUUUUAUGGUAGUUAGUGAUCCUUAGGACUGAGAAAAAUGUAUGUAAAAUUUGAUUUGAUUUGUUAUCCGUUUAGAUUCGAAUAAAAAAAUUAGAUAUUCAUAAUUCUACGAAGCAAAGCAAGUACUAAUAUGCAAUAUCCGUAAGAACGAAAAAAUAAUUUAUUUAAGAACAAAUAUCUGAUCCAAUCCAUUAUAUACAUAUAAAUACAUAUAUCUAAAGAGCUCUAUAUAUGAAUUAUAUUAUUAUUAUAUUUUAAAAUUUAAAAUUUAUGUACAUUUAAAAUAUUUUAUUUAUUAAAUUGAUUAUUUUAGUUAUUAGAAUUUUAAAAGUAUGUAAACUUGUAUCUUUGUAAUAAAAUAUGAAUAUUUAUAUUAUCUGUGAUUUUUUUAUUUAUAUGGAUCGAAUUGGGUAUUCGGUUAAUAAUAUAAAUUUUGAAUAUCUACACUGAAUACCCAUAUAAAUACAUAUCGAAUCAGAUAGGAUAAUUGAUUAUUCGGACGAAACAAAUCAGAUCGAAUACCUCCAAAAUCCUGGAUAUAUGACUUGUGCCCACCCAAUGUUCUUCACCGUUUUGAGAAGAUGUUUCAUCUCUUCCAUAUAUUCAUUUUUAGUCAUGUUUUAAGUUUUCUAUGUCGUGUUUCCUCUAGAACAGAUAAUCUAGAAAGGUGUAUAUAUUCAAUAUCUGAAACACUAAUAGGAAGGAUGGUAUAUUCAAUAAGAUCCAAUGUUGAAAGCUAUAAGACAUUCAAAAAUUACACGGUUUAUUAAUUUGUUUGUAGCCCUAUAGAGGACAACGAUUAUCGCAUAUGACAGUGCAUGAAAUUUUAUGUAAUCGUCAAGUGGCCAGUCAUUAUGGCGUAUAUUUUAAGGUACAUUUAUUUUCAGACAAAGGCUUGAAGAUGAUGUAUGCCAACAUUUGUACACAUAGAUAUAGCUAGUUUCUAUGUUAAGGAUAUUUUUGACCACCUAAUAUCCAAAUUUAACACUAUACUGAUCAUUUUUUGUAUAGUUAACAGAACUCAUCCAUGUGCAGUGAUUGACUCACUUCCAAACUUUGUAUCAGUAGAAUAUCGCCUGACACCACUAAAGCUUCCAAUGUCUCAUUAUUCUAGUUCGUUUCGCCAUAGAAGAAAUCACUUACUGCCAUCACUGGAUUAAUAACUGGCGAAAUAGCUUGAGCAGGUCUAGCUGGGAUCCAAAGAUAUUUUCAAGCUCGGAUCUCAUGGCUAUAAUGAACUUUUGCCUAAUAUCCAUGGAUAAUAAAGACUUUGCUGCUGGAAUACUUAUUUAGACGUCUGAUGAACUAUAACAAGAAAUAUAUCACAAUGUUGAACUAAGUUUGUAAUAUUUACCUCACAAUACCAGUACUAGAAAAAAAAAUUGGAUAUUGAAUUAGUCUGUACAAUUGUUUAGCUUACAAGACAAUAUUGAAUUCAUGGAUCGAAACAAACACUAGACCACUUUUAUCUUUAAUUUAAACGUUUCUCCCAUUUAGCCCAGUAAACUCCUUUCUAGGUGGAUUUGAAAUCUACGAGAAACUAUGUAAUGGUAUUUGCAAACUUUUAUACAAUUAUUUAGUGGAAAUAAAAAAUUGGACAUGACCUAGACUGGUAGAAGAGUCAAUGCUAUAUUGGUUGGGACAACUCUAAGAGUAUGAGGUUAAGAGAAAUUAAUAACAUUGGUGAGUAUAAUAUUCAUAUAUUAGAUUAGCCAAUAACAUAUUAAAAAAAAAAACAGGUCAAAACGAAUUUGAUAUCUUACUCUUCGGCGUCACGUUUGACAUGAUUCCAAAGUAUGCUGUCUAGCUAGUUGCCUUUGUUGUCUUAGUCGUGGAUAACUAGAACGUGAUUCCCAAGUUCAUUAUCCUGUAUAUAUUUUUCACGCAUUUCCGUACAAUUAGAGUGAUGUUAUAGUUUUAUAAAGAUUCAGUAUCAUCUGAAACCAAAGGGCAAAGGCCUUCAACACUAGGAAGACUGACAAUGGAAGAGCCAUUUCUUAUAAGAGAGGAACAGUUAGUCCCCAGUACAAGGACAUGGCACAGAGGUCAGUUCACCGUGGAGCUGAAGAAAGUAUGCCGCUUGGCCGCUCCUAUGGCCACCGUGACCAGUGCUCAAUACCUUUUACCUGUCAUCUCAGUCAUGGUUGCCGGCCACAAUGGGGAGCUUCAGCUCUCUGGCGUUGCUCUUGCCACCUCUUUCACAAACGUCUCCGGUUUCAGCAUUAUGUAUGGAUUAGCGGGUGCUUUAGAAACUCUUUGUGGCCAAGCUUAUGGAGCUAAACAAUACGAGAAACUCGGAACCUACACAUACUCUGCAAUCGCCUCCAAUAUCCCAAUCUGUUUCCUCAUAUCAACUCUUUGGAUUUACAUGGACAAGCUCUUGGUCUCUCUUGGACAAGACCCUGACAUCUCAAGAGUCGCUGGCUCCUACGCCUUUUGGCUCAUACCGGCUUUGUUCGGACAAGCCAUUGUCAUACCACUGACUCGGUUUCUUCUGACGCAAGGGUUGGUUCUUCCUCUUCUCUACUGUGCUGUAACCACCCUUAUGUUCCACAUCUCCGUUUGCUGGAUUUUGGUUUUCAAGUUUGGUCUGGGAAGCAAUGGAGCUGCUUUGUCUAUUAGUGUGUCUUUCUGGUUCUAUGCUGUGAUACUCGCAUGCUAUGUGAGAUUCUCCACCUCUUGUGAGAUGACACGCACCUUUGUAUCCGAUGAUUUUGUGUCCUGUGUCAAACAGUUCUUCCAUUACGGAGUUCCAUCAGCAGCAAUGUUGUGCCUAGAAUGGUGGCUUUUUGAGCUACUCAUACUCUCCUCAGGCCUACUCCCAAACCCGAAACUUGAGACCUCUGUUCUUUCAAUAUGUCUUACAACAGAAACAUUGCACUAUGUAAUUUCAAAUGGAGUUGCCGCGGCUGUGAGCACACGCGUGGCAAACAAUUUGGGAGCUGGGAGUCCUCAAGUUGCUAGGGUAUCAAUAUUGGCAGGGCUUUGUCUCUGGUUGAUAGAGUCAGUUUUUUUCAGUACACUUCUCUUCAUAUGCCGGAACAUCAUAGGCUACGCAUUCAGCAACAGCAAAGAAGUCGUGGACUAUGUCGCGGAUAUAUCUCCUUUGCUCUGUCUUUCCUUCAUCCUAGAUGGGUUCACUGCAGUGCUUAAUGGUGUAGCUAGGGGAAGUGGGUGGCAACACAUUGGAGCAUGGAACAAUGUGGUGUCUUAUUAUCUGGUAGGAGCUCCGGUUGGACUUUACUUAGCUUUCAGUCAUGGGUUUAAUGGAAAAGGAUUGUGGUGCGGUGUUGUGGUUGGAUCCGCUGUUCAAGCGACUAUUCUGGCUAUCGUCACAACUUCCAUGGAUUGGAAAAAACAGGUUAUUUCUUUGAGUAUAAUAUUAGACAUUUCAGCUUGUUACAUAUCUACAUUUUAAUAAUGCUUUAAAGUAAUUGGAAUCUAUAAUUUUUAGGCUGAGAAGGCAAGGAAGAGAAUAAUCUCUAGGGAAAAUGGAUUAGCUUAAACGAAGAGUGUUUCUUAAUAAAUACAUAUUGAGAGAUACGAAGGACUUUGGUUUUCUUCAGUUUUGGUAUACAAAUGUAAUUGUUUUCUUAUAAACAAGUGAAUAAAAAAAACAACAUCUCGGUUA